AGCCCACCUUCCGCGAUACGAUCAGGUCACGCACUGCAUAGCUUCGCCGGACUGUGUUGACAACUCGACGACACUUUCAAACUUUUUUUGUCCCGGCCGCCGUCCCACGUUCUAGAUCAUCCUAUCAAUCAGCGAUCAUGGCAUCCCUAAAGUCGCUGCUGAGCGGCUUCCUGCUGCUCGCCGGUGCCGCCCAAGCUCUCAAGUUCGACCUUGAGGCUACCUCUUCACACCACAGCAACCAGCGACGAUGCAUACGGAACUUUGUCAACAAGGACACAUUGGUGGUUGUAACGGCUACGCUUGACGGAUACAAGGGCGAUGGCAUGAACGUCAACAUGCACAUCUCCGAUAGCCACGGAAACGAGUACGGCAAGGCCAAGGAUAUUGCUGGCGAGCAGCGCAUCGUCUUCACCUCGCAUCACGACGCAGCCUUCGACGUGUGCUUCGAGAACUACCUUACUGGUUCCAAGUAUGUCGAGAACCCCCGCCGCCACGUCGAGCUCGAUAUCGACAUUGGUGCCGAUGCCAAGGACUGGUCCGCCAUCCAGGCCACCGAGAAGCUUAAGCCACUUGAAACCGAUCUGCGCCGCAUCGAGGAGCUGGUCGGCGAGGUUGUUAACGAAAUGGAUUACUUGCGCGCUCGUGAGCAGAAGCUCCGUGAUACCAAUGAGAGCACCAACAACCGUGUUAAGUGGUUUGGCAUGGCCACCACUUUCCUCCUCAUUGCUCUCUGGGGGUGGCAGAUUAUGUACCUCAGGGCGUACUUCAGAUCUAAGCAUCUUAUUUAAUGGGCUGGGCGCAACCUACGAUGACGACCCACAACUACCACUGUCCAAACUACCUUAUUUAUUAUACGGCUUCAUGGUAACGACGGGCGGGAGGUUUUAUGAACUCUUUACUACACGCAACGCAGGCGAGCGAAUGGCAUACAAUAGGUUGGAGAUUUCUGGUGUAACUAUAUACGGUAAUGUGUUUCAACCAAAAAGUUAUGGAGUAAAAAGGAGAAUUGACUGCAUGCUGAGUGAGCCGUCUACUUUUGGAAGUUCAAGACUAUUUGAGAGCGAAAAUCUGCCCGGUGCAUACCAAGAGAAGUCGCAUCCAAAAGGCGUUAUGGGCGUCGUGGGCGUUGUUGUGGUGAUGAGUCGAAACAUGAGCAAUUGGCGAUAGAGGCACUGGAGACGGUGGCGAUGUCAUGGAUUGACAACGGAGAUGCGGAGGGAUGAACCGGAACCGGCAACAAUUUUUCGGCCUCGGCCCCCAUUGUAUGAUCACUUGCCAAGCCCGCCGAACUAGUGUAAGGGACGGGGUAUUGUAGCGUCUGUAAUCGGCCCCGAACGGAAUCCUACAACAAUUCCCAUCA